AUGACAGUUCACGGACUGCCUGCCUACGUCGCCCAACCCGCCGAGGGCGUGGCUCCCAAGGGCAUUGCCGUCAUCCUGUCCGAUGUGUUUGGCUGGAGCUGUGUCAACAACCGUGUCCUCGCACAUUAUUACGCUGCAAAUGGCGACUUUCUCGUCUAUCUGCCCGACUUUAUGAAUGGCUGUUCCGUCCCGCCGAGUCUCAUACCUAGCAUCGAACAUGUCCUGGAACACGCGCCCACCUGGAUCGACUUCUUCACCAAGCCCAUCAGAGGCAUCUACGUGCUCGCGCGGGUGCUUCCUUCCAUACUGCGCGCCAACAUCUGGGUCGCCUGGCCAGGGCAUGUCAUGACGCUCGCGCGCGACGACCCGACCACGCGUGUGGUCCGCCACGAGCCUCAGUCCGGUGCGUCGACAGAUCCCCAGCCCCUGGUCGACUGCCUCUUCACUGCACACCCUUCCAUGCUCAACAUCCCCGGCGACGCGGAGUAUGUACGGCUGCCGACGAGCGUCGUUGUCGGUGAUAUCGAUACCAUGCUCAAGCUUGACUCCGCUCGCGUGAUGAAGAGCAUCCUCGAUAGCAAGGACGGCCAUGAAAUGGUGAUAUUGCCGAGUGCCAAGCACGGGUUUGUCAUACGUACCCCGCCGGAUGGUGAACACGCCAAGGAGUGUGCCCAGGAGCCUCGAGAUCAGGCAGUUGCUUGGUUUAACAAGGCUUUCUCCUGA